AUGUUAGCUUACUACAUAGCCCCACGGAUCAGAGAGAUCUUUGGAGCCUUUUCCUGCGCUCUUUUUUUGUGUCGUUUUGUUCUUACGUACGAAGUGUCGUUGCAUUGUGAGAGCGACAGCAUGCCGCGCGGAAAAGAACAGUACGACGAUGACGAUUGGGACGACGGGUACGACGAUGAUGACUAUGACGAAGACGAGGACGACUAUGACGAGUACGAGGAGGCAGGCCGACUGCAGGCGAAAUCCCAGAAAGGUGGAAAGCAACAACCGCCACCGAAGCAGCCAGUGACGAAGCAGCCACAAGCUAAGCAACCAGCUCAGCAGAAACCGCAGCAGCAGCAGCGGCAACAAACAGGGGGAAAGGCUGGAUCUAAGUCGCCCGCUACUACCCCGAACAAAGCGGAGACCCCUCCCGCUGACGCCCCAGUUUCCGGCGGGUCCGCCGCAAAGGGCGGAUCCUCAGCAAGCGGCGGCGGCGCAGGCGGAACGUGGAGGUGCGCGGCGUGCACCUUCGACAACCCGCCGCUCUUCCUCGUAUGCGACGUGUGCAGCGCCGCCAGACCCGCUCAACAAGAGCCGUUUGAUUUCUCCACUCCUUCACCCGAUGAUGCCAUCCAAUCCGCUCUGAAAGGAGGACACGUGGCACCACGUGCUGCUGCCACGUCAGCAGCUGUGCCAGCUUCCUCGGCUGGAACCGCAGCAGCAAAAAUCGCCAACAGCAGCAGCCGCGCGUCCAGCUCAGCAUCCCCUGCUGCUGACGUGGCAACAGCAGGCGUUGGAAAGAUUCAGAUCACAGAAGGAAGCAAGAAAGAAGCUUCGCCCAGUGCUGGCUUUAGCACUUCUGCUACAGCUGCUACAGCCACAGCAGCCGCUGCAGGGGGGGGAGAGGGAGGAGGGGAGGGCAAGGGAGGGGAGGAUGAGGAGACUAGGAGGCGGAAGGCUUUAGAGGCGUAUGAAGCUGAGGGGUGGAUUAAAGAUGGGCUGAAGGAAGGAGAUGGAAAACCGACUCUGCACCUCAUUGUGCUGGGUCACGUGGAUGCAGGGAAGUCGACCAUCAUGGGCCACUUGUUGCACAAGCUGGGGCGAGUUUCCAACAAGGAGAUGCAUCGAGUCCAGAGGGACGCCGCCAACCAGGGCAAAGGGUCGUUCGCGUUCGCAUGGGUGCUGGACGAGAGCAGCGAGGAGCGGGCGAGGGGCGUGACCAUGUCUGUGGCUAUGUCGCGAUUCGAGACUCCGAACGAGGAGCGCGCCAUGUCCGUGGCCAUGUCCGUGGCCAUGUCCGUGGCCAUGUCCGUGGCCAUGUCCGUGGCCAUGUCCGUGGCCAUGUCCGUGCCGUGGCCUGUCCCGAUUCGAGACACCAAAGCUGACGCAGCUCUCCUUGUAAUCGACGCCACGCCAGGGGCGUUUGAAGCGGGUAUGGGAGGGGGCCAGGGGGGAGAGGACGUGGGACAGAGCAAGGAGCAUGCGCAGAUCGCCAGGAGCCUGGGGGUGGAGCAGCUGUGCGUGGUGGUCAACAAGAUGGACGCUGCAGGGUUUGAUCAGGGCGAGUUUGAGCGGAUUAAAGGCGUGCUGGGGCCGUUCCUUACGAAGCAGUGCGGGUUCCGAGAAGGUGGAGUGCGGUGGGUGCCGCUGAGUGGGCUUCAAGGGGAGAAUCUGGAUGCAGCACCGACAGACAAUCGGCUUAAGAAAUGGUACACAGGUCCCACCCUCCUAGAAGCUGUUGACUCCUUCUCUCCCCCUCCCCGUGCUCUCAACCGCCCGCUGCGCCUGGCGAUAGCCGAAGUGCUCAAAACGAGGGGGUUGGGGCAGGCGGGCGUGGCGGGGAAGGUGGAGUGCGGAGCGAUGCGACCCGGUACCAAGGUCCUGGUAAUGCCGGGCUCCUUUCAGGCAACUGUCAAGGCUCUUGAGAGGGACGAAUCACCGGUGGCAGCAGCAUGGGCGGGGGAGAGCGUGGACGUUGGGCUUCAGGGCGUGGAGGCCAAUCAGCUGCUGCCAGGUGGCGUGUUGUGCCACCCGGACUACCCCAUCCCCGUCGCCACCAGAGUGGAGGCGCGCCUUCUCACUCUCGACCUCAAAAUUCCGCUGCUCCGAGGCACGAAUGCCAUUCUGCACGCGCAUGCAGCCAAGGAGGCGUGUCGCAUUGCGGCCCUCACAGCCAUUCUCGACGCCAAGACGGGUUCUGUUGCCCGCGCCAAGCCCAGAGCCGUGGGGUCAAAUCAGAGUGCCAUCGUGGAGUUGUCUCUGGACCGGGGCGUGUGUCUCGAAGCCUAUUCGGACUUCCGUGCGUUUGGCCGCAUCGCUUUGCGAGAGGGUGGCCGCACACUGGCUGUUGGAAUCAUUAUGAGGAUUCUUGCCACGUCUGCACCAUAA